AGUAAAGACCUUUGUGAAGACCCUGCAGCCACUUCUAUAGAGGCUGCAAUAACCAAACGAAUCUGGGUAAUGGACGACAGAAGGGUAGCAGACUAUUUUGUUGUGGCAGGGUUACCUGACAACCCUCUUCCCCUAGAGGAGUUCUCAAACGAGGCAGCCAUCAAACCAACCUAUAAACAGGACCCCAUCACUGACAUUGCCGUAAUUGACAAGACCCUAGGAGAGAAGGUCCCCAAAGGAUAUACAUGUAUAGAGAGAACACAGGCCAAUUUCCUGGCUGAUCUAAAUCAUGGGAGUAUCAGGUGUCAUGAGAUGUUUCUGUGUUACAGGCGAGGGAGAGAUAAGCCACCGCUUACUGAUGUGGGAGUGCUUUAUGAAGGAAAGGAAAGACUGAUGUCAGAAUGUGAAAUCGUCCACACCACCCCCUGGGGAAGUCCCGCUAAUGUGAAUAAUGGCAGUAAUGGGAGGAUCUAUAUCACGUAUCGUCGAGCUCGAGAAACGGCAGCCAGUGAUACCCUGGCUGUAGUAGAUGUUGUCAUUAUAUUACAAAACAAGAAUGAAGUUGCUCCACAUGCCUAUCACAAAAUAGAGAAAAAUCUGAACAGAGGAAUGGUGGGAUCAGAUGUUUUUGUGUGCUACAAAAAGGCCAUGGUUAAGGCAGAUAUCCUUGCCUACAAACCUGGCUUAAUACAGAGGUACCCUGAAGAAGAUUAUGAGAAUUUUCCAUUGCCCCCUGAGGUGCCUCAGUUUUGUCUCCCCAUGGGAGCCUCAAUAGAAUGUUGGUCAGCCAAAGCACAGCAUCCUCUGCCAGUCUUCUCUACAUUUGUUUUAACAUUAUCAAAUAAUGAAAAGGUUUAUGGAGCAGCAGUGACAUUUUAUGAGGAGUUUGAAGAAGAGAAACUGACUGAUUUACAAAUGAGACAUUUAGGAUUAAAAAACAAACACAUAAGAGAACAAUACAGAAUACUGAAAACUGUACAUUCCAAUAAAAGUAUCUGUCUGCUCUCUCACUGGCCAUUUUUUGAUGCAUUUAGGAAGUUUUUGACAUACCUAUAUAGGAUAUCUAUAACAGGACCACAUCCUGUACCUAUUGAAAGGCAUAUAUCUCAUUUUAUGUUUGAUGUUCCGUACCCCUCACCUCAAAGGCCCAGAAUUCUUGUCCAGUUGAACCAUGAUGCCCUUUCUUUGUCAAUGCCAGAGGAUUCUCCAUUGCCCCAGAGUGGGGCAUCUUUUGUGACCCUGCUGAAGAAUAUGGGCCCAGAGAACUGUAUGAGUCUGCUGUUGUACAUUCUGCUGGAGUAUAAGAUUCUUAUCCACUCCCUGAGGCCAGCCGUAUUGACGGGGGUAGCUGAAGCUGUGGCGGGGAUGAUCUUUCCCCUACAUUGGCAGUGUGCCUACAUCCCUCUCUGUCCACUGGGAUUGUCAGACAUGUUAUCUGCCCCUGUGCCAUAUAUUGUAGGGAUUGACUCUAGGUAUUUUGAUCUAUAUGACCCUCCCCCAGAUGUAGUGUGUGUGGACUUGGACACAAUCACUAUCAGUCUGCCUGAUGAUAAGAAGGGUGUUAAUUACAGGAGUUUACCAAAGAAGCCAGCGCGAGUUUUACAGGACACCCUCCACAAACUGUUUGAUGAGCUGUCCACGAGGCAAGGUCUGGGACACAAUAUUGAUGAAGUGAACCUGGAGAUGGGCUCCAUUGAUACAGACUUCAAACGCAAGAGGAAAGAGGAUCUUUCUGUGGUAAUUGAAAAAAAGACUCUACUAGAGCUGUCCAUCCAAGAGGCAUUAUUGAGAUUUAUGGCCUGUCUACUGAAGGGGUACAAAAACUUUCUAAAACCCAUCACCAAAGCCCCUACAGAAUCCACCACUGAUCCCUCCUCACUGUUUGAUAUUCAGGGUUUCUUAAGAAGCAGGGACAAGGCAAAUUUAAAGUUUUUUCAGCAACUGAUAAAAACCCAAACAUUUAUCAGCUUUAUAUCAGAGAGAUCAUUUGUGUCAGACAAAGAUGCCAGUAUUGCAUUCUUUGAUGAAUGCAUGGAAAAGGUAGAUGAAACAAAGGAUGAACCUAAGCUGAUAGACAUAGACGAGUCUCAGAACAGUGAGAGAACAGUUUUCAUAAUGCCUCCUGACCCAAUUGGCUUACCAGAAGGGAAAACUUACAGCUAUAAUGGCUUUCCUGAGUUGCGUUCAGAGUUGUUUCUCAGAAAACAGAUCUCCAAUGUGUCUUUAAAUGAGAAACCUACCAAAAGUGUGCAUGAACCUUUGUCACGUAGAACCAAGCAGGAAGUCAGAUCAGCCCAAAAGAUGGCACACCAAUAUGCAAAUGACCCUCAAUUAUGGGCUAAGUGUUUGUUGAGUCACUGCUACAGUCUCUGGUUUAUUCAUCUGCCAGCUUACAUCGACCACUCCAAGGCACUCAACAAAUGUAUGAAAGAGGCCUACGAUGUACUUCAGAAGAUGCAGCUGGCCAAACUACAGCCCCCAGAUGAGAUGUGUUACCGUGUGAUGCUACAGUUAUGUUGUCUGUAUAAUCAGCCUGUGAUGGCCGUCAAAGUCUUCUACCAAAUGAAGCGAGCUAAUGUCCAGCCUAAUGCCAUUACUUAUGGCUACUACAACAAGGCAGUAUUUGAAGGAACUUGGCCUUCUACACGAAGUAAUGCUACCAUUCUGUGGAGAAAACUCAGAAAUGUCAUUAUUGGAGCUGCUCAAUUUCGAAGACGUUUACGCCGUAGAAGCAUGUCCAUUAAUUCUAACUCGGGGAGUGAUUAUGACAGGAUAAGUCGUACUAGUAUUGACAGUUUCCUAGAGGACCACACAGACAGAGGCAAUCCUACAAUAAUGCUGAAAUCAGACAUUUUCAGUGAUUCUAGUCAGAUCAGUAUGGCCAGUAAAGUCACAGUAUCCUCAACAGCUAAAGAGGAGAGCAACAGUACAGGUGGGGUGUCAGACAAGGGCUAUAACUCAAUGUCCCGAGAAGAACUGAAAUCACUCAGCCAUCCCGUGUCCAAUGGUGAAUCUGAGCAGGAUCACGACAAAGCUCGUAAAGAUAAAAGCAGCUUACGAUUUACUUUACCUAAUACGCUCAAAGUCAAGGAGAAAAAGGAAACUAAUGGUGGAAAUCAAGAUAUCACAUUUUCUGAGGUGGAGACAGACUUCAGACACAGAGUGGGUAGUAUCGUGAGGAAAUCCCUGGGCAGCGUCAGUAGUUCUGGAAGUCACGAGACUCUCAAAGGAAGUAUGAUGACAAGUUCACAAGCGGGACUAUUGAUGCUGAGUCAAAAUUCCUUGGAUUCUACAUCAUUUCCACAGGAGGUCAAUCUUCAGUCUAGCUUUAAUGCUGGUGACAGCAAAAGGAAACGCCAUAAAAGUGCUGGAGACUACCACACAAAGACCACACGAUCAAAUAGUGUGUUCAAUAAUUGGCGGCCACGACACAUUAGUGGUGACCCAAGUUGUAUGGCCAGGCCUUCCAAAGACAUGCUAGAUGAUGAUAUAUUUGUAGAGGAAGCUGAACCAAGUUCUGGACCGAAUUUGGAGGGAAUUACUGAGACAGUGGAUAGUGGAGUGAUUGUAGAGGACUCACAAGGUGCAGGUCACCCCAGUGAGACACCCCAGACUCAGAAUCUGGAAAACAGAACUAUUCCUCCUGUUAUAAUGGAGUCCAAGCCUUGUGAUAUUCCACAGAGGAGGAGUUUGCUUGAUGGAUCUAGUAAUUUUGUACAUUCCUUAAGUUCCCCAGUCACAGAGAAUGAUCCACUUGGAUUGUUCAAAGAUGAAAGUCCAGAACAAGGAGAGGAAGAAGAAAAAGUGGUCAUGAGAAGAAAAAACAUUCAGACUAAACCUUUUGAGUCAGAGAGGUUGAGUUAUGUCCGUCAUAGUGCUGAUUUUGAUGCGGAUAUUCAUCCUGAUGCUAAAAUUAUAUUUGAUCCAGAUGAUCCUGACUCUGUGUAUACAGUUAGAGAAAUAGACCCCAGUGAGGCAGGGAUUAAGUGCAAUAGGAAUAUUCCAGAUGAUCAGAAGGCUUCCUUUAGACUUGGUUCAGGUUUGAGCCUUGAUGACUCCUUGUCGUCAAAUGAUUUAUAUGGAGACUCAAGACCUUUAUCUCAAAUGGAGAAAAUUGGGAAAAGGUUAAAGGAAAUGGGAAGAACACAGAGUACCCCAGAUAACCUGGAUGAACAGGAUCGCUCCAGUAAAUCUAGACUUAGUGCUGUUACUAGUUAUCUUACGUCUUUCCAGUCACCCACAAAAAAAUCCCAGGACUCUCUGGAUGAAGCUGGGGGAACGCCUUCAGAAUCCAGAUUUUCAAGAUUAGGGAGCUUUAGAAAAAGAGAAAGGUUAAGCGGUGCUUUUAAGUCAGCAGCAGGUGCUCUGAUGAAUAAGAUGAAUGAAAUAAAACAAACAAUAUCCACCCCAGUAAAGUACGGAUCUAAUCAGUCACUCGGAAGAUCAAGUGACAAUCUGGAUGGGGAUGAGAAAAGAGGAAGAGACAUGCCAGCAAGAUCUUUGGAUCACCACAGAAAACACAGAAAUCCUUUAGAAGAAUUUGACAACUUACAUCCAUAUCCUAAUAGUAGCUUACCAUCCUCUUCUUUUAUGGAGCAGUAUGUUCCUCUAAAAGAAUUUGGUGAAAACAAAUCUGUCACAUUUGCCAGUUUAGAAAACACUUUACAAAACAUUGCCAUGGAGAUAGAGAUAAGUAGCUGUUUCCGGUGUAACAGGUGUCGAGCUCUUUUGUAUGAUGAGGAAAUUAUGGCAGGAUGGUCAGCAGAUGAUUCAAAUCUUAAUACUUCUUGCAUUUUCUGCCAGAAUAAACUAGUGCCAAAAUUACAGAUUUAUGUGAAGGACUGGCGAGGUGGUAACAUUUCUUCAGUGGGAGAGAGUAAAGAUGAUGAUGCUGACAAACACUCCACCAAUACAGACCCUGAUGUACACUCUAGUCAUUCAAACCAUGAUCCAUGGGUUCUCCAAGAAAAGAUUCACUCCAACUCUAGUCUAGAAAACUCCAAUGUGGACUUCUUCUUUGGGGAAGAGCAUCUGGAGGGUGAGGGACCACUCAAUGUGCUAGAGUCCCCAGAAAGGGCAAAGAGAGACAGUCACUUGGCUAAGGCAGCCCUUUCUAACACUGUUAGUCCACGCUCUUCUGGUUCUCUAGACUUGGAAGGAAUUGCUUUGAAUUCUCGGAGACGCUGUGCCAGUGAGUGCUUCACAAACUCCACAGACAACAUGAUGUAUGGGUCGUCGUUUGAUUCUAUGGAGGAUUACGGGGGAUUCAGGUCUUCUCUUCGUAUUUCUAUUGGAGAAGAUGUAGAGUUACCUGUAGGACCAGAUCCAGAACCUGAGAUGAAGAAAGACUUCAUGGAAAGAUGUACAACAUCUGUAGAUCCUAUCACAGUUCCUUACUUAUCUCCCUUGGUGCUGCGUAAGGAGCUGGAUAAUAUUCUGGCCAAUGAGGGAGAUCUCUCGGUUGGGUCCGAUGAAUUCCUUGACCAACAUCCAAUCAUCUUCUGGAAUCUGGUGUGGUACUUUAAGAGACUGGAAGUACCAAGCCACGUACCAGGAUUUUUGUUGACUGCUAAGUCUAUCAAUGGCGAGGACGGAAACGUUGGGAUAUACAGCAGUAAGCAUGUUUUGAUACGACCCCUGUGGGAUAAUGUCCGUAUUCAUGAAGAAGUGGGUUUACCUAUGUACAGAUUAUGGAAUGAAGGAAAAAGUUCACAUACUGUAGAUGCAUUAAUUACUGAGGCACAGCCUUUCAACAGGGCAAUUCUCCAUCAGAUCAUUGAGAGCAUUAUGUGUAAUGACCUCCUGACCCCUGUCAAACUGGUGAUGAACUGUCGUCGAAGACUUCGUUUGAGAAAGACACGUCAUCGCGGCAUGUACAGAGACAUUAUGUUCCUGGCUUUUGUAGCCUGUGGGAAGGAAAACAUUGAUCAUGAUGCUUUUGAUCGAGAAUAUAGACAAGCAUUCAACAAGCUCUCCCACAUGGAAAUAAAACGCACUCAAAGAGACGAUCGGCCAAGGAAAACGAGGAUCAUCUGGUGUCGAAAAGUGUUUGGGGAUCUAGAGGUGUAGAUAUUUUUAAGAUGUUUUCCGUUUCAUAGAGGGUGUUUGUGUGUAUGGGGAACAGACAUGUUCUAAAAUAUUGAUGUAAAUUUCUUCAGCACACAUGGACUCUAUUGAAUUAUUGGGGGUAUGUGUUUUGUAAUGCAGGAUCUUUUAAAGAUCAUUGGUCAUUGAAUAUGUAAAUGUGUUCUCUUCAUUAACAAAUGAAUUAGGACUGAAGAUAUAUUAAAGGUAAUGUACUUAAAAUGUAUUAUAACAAAGUGUAUGUAUUGAAUAAUUACUGGCAAGGAUAUGCAUUGUUUCUCAUAGCUUAUCUCUUUUUUAAAAAAGUUGAUGUUUGCUCAAUUUAGUGGUUAAAUUUUAUUUUGAACAAUGAGUUAUAGUAGUCCAAGUUUAUUAUAAUUCACACCUCUACUGACAACAAGAUAAGUUUGACACUACAUACAAUAUAGAAUGUUUUUAGUAGAUAUACGUCACAGUUGUUAUGGUGUGUUAUUAUUUAUUAUUUCACCGAUAUAAAUAAUUGUGUAAAUAAUCUGAACCCCCAUCCCCUGGUGCAAAAGAUAUGUUUAAAAUUAUGUUUUAUGAAAUGCAUAAAGGAAUCAUGUAUUUACAUGUAUCAUAAUACAUGUAUUUAGACAUAGUAAUUGUUUAAUUCUGUUACUUAGUAUAAUUUAUGCACAUCUCUAAUAUAUUCAAGUACAAAACAUACUUAGAAAGAGUAAAAUAAAAGUCAUUUGCUACAUAUACAUUUACAUUAAUUCAUUGAAUUAUACAAAAGUCAGGUAUUUUACUGAAAUAUCUUAAAGUUCCAAAUGUUACAUAUAAAUAUUACAUGUAAAUAAUUGCUGAUAAAUGUUUUUAGAUGUAAGAAAAAAUUCUCAAUUCUUGAAAAUAUCACACAGACAUGAUUUAAGGAAAACGUGAACAAGGAGCCCAGAACUCGGACUUCUCAUUUUUUUAUGUCUACCAGAAGGUACACAUCUAUUGUGUGUGUUUAAUAUAUAUAAUUCUACAGUCUUCUCAGAGCUAAUGAUGUUCAAUGAUGCUUUCCUUUUCAUACAUAAAUAUGUGUUAUGCAGGUGUGAUUUCAUGUAAAUAGAAUUAUUUGUGGGUGUGCGGUUUUAAACAGAUUGGAAAAAGCAUAAUUUAUUAUGAGAUUUUAGGGAUAAUGUAAAAUUCUAGAUGAUCUUGUGCUAAAUAGAUGUCUUGUAGUGGGAGAAAGCUAUAUUAGAAAUACAAAAUGCUCAUUAAAUACUUGUAUUUAAUUACAAUGUGUGCUUAUGCUUUGUGUAAUAUUUUAUGAUCAGGCUCAUACUAUGUAAAUACUAGUACAUGAAUGACAUAUAAUUUGGUAGGUUGUACAUGUAUAUUGUAUAUAUUUUAUGUAUGAAAUAUUCACAGAUGAAUAAAAUAAGAUAUUGGGUGAUUAAAAAAUAUUGA